UUUUCCUUUUAUCUUUCAGUGUGUAUUGGGACGAACGGUCGCUUGUCGGUGCCAUCGAACAAGCUGCAUCAUUACAGGAACCUGAAGGAGCGGUUCUCAAACUGCACCUACGUCGAUGGAAACCUGGAAUUGACUUGGCUACAGGAAGAGAUGGACCUAAGUUUCCUGCAGUACAUCAGGGAGGUGACCGGUUACGUGCUUAUAUCCCACGUUAAUAUCCACAACGUGGUCCUACCGAGAUUGCAAAUUAUUCGAGGACGAACGCAAAUGAAACCGCAAAGUAUGGAGCAGGAAUUUUCUUUGCUCGUGACGCACUCUUCAAUGUUUACGUUGGAAUUGCCGGCUUUGCGGGAUAUUUUAAAUGGUGGUGUUGGAUUUUUCAACAAUUAUAAUUUGUGUCACAUUAAAACCAUCGAAUGGGAUGAAAUUAUGUCGCAGUUUAGCCCAAAAAAUAAUUCAUUUGUGUACAGCUAUAAUUUUUCUUCGCCUGAACGUACUUGCCCAGCUUGCCAUUCACGUUGUGAAAGAGGUUGUUGGGGAGAAGGAGAACACAACUGCCAGAAAUUCUCUAAAUUAAACUGCAGCCCUCAAUGUGCGGGAGGAAGAUGUUUUGGAACGAACCCCCGCGAUUGUUGCCACCUAUUCUGUGCUGGAGGUUGUAAUGGGCCAGAUAGAGGGGAUUGCAUAGCAUGCAAAGUUUUCUAUGAUGAUGGUAUUUGCACUGAAGAUUGCCCACCAAUGCAAAUUUAUGAUCCAGAAACAUAUUCUUGGAAACCCAACAAAAACGGAAAAUACGCCUAUGGGGCUACUUGUGUUAAAAAUUGUCCUGAGCACCUUUUAAAAGAUAACGGUGCUUGUGUUAGAGCUUGCCCAGAGAAUAAAAAGGCUGUUAAUGGAUCAUGCGUAGCUUGCGAGGGAUCUUGUCCAAAAACGUGCAAAGGAGAUGUUUUGGUUGAUAGUGGAAACAUUGAUUCGUUUCGUGGAUGCACCAUCGUUGAAGGAUAUUUGAAUAUCUUAGAAAACAGUUUUCUGGGGUACCAAAAAAUAUUUUCAAAUUUCAGUUUCGGCGAUCGAUUAACCCCUAUGCACCCAGAUAAAUUAGAAGCAUUCAAUUCCCUCAAAGAAAUCACAGGGUACUUGAACAUUCAAGGCGCUCACGUAGACUUUAAGAAUCUCUCCUAUUUUAAAAAUCUCGAAAUCAUCCAUGGAAGGCAAACGACCGAUUAUUAUUUUAGUUCUUUUUACGUCGUAAAAACCUCUUUGGAAUCGCUAGAACUCCGAUCGUUGAAGCAAAUCAAAGCUGGAAAUAUCGCAAUAUUGGAAAAUAAAAAUUUAUGUUACGUCGAUUCGAUAAAUUGGUUAAAAUUAUUAACUCGAAGCGAUAGAAAGGAGAAACUCAUGGUGUAUCAAAAUAAUCAAAAUUGCUCAGCAGAAGGAUUAGUUUGUGAUGUGGAAUGCACUACGGAUGGUUGUUGGGGUUAUGGUCCAGAUCAAUGUUUAUCAUGUAAACAUGUUAAAUUUGAAAAUACGUGUCUUCAUAAUUGUACAGUUUUACCAAGAUUAUAUCAAAACGAAAAGAACGAAUGUAAACGCUGCCACGACGAAUGUUUCUCAUCUUGCCACGGUCCCGGAGCAUCAAAUUGUUCAGCUUGCAAAAAUUUCAAAGACGGCAAAAUCUGCGUUCCAAAAUGUGCCAAAGGGAUGUACGGCGAAAACGGAAUCUGCAAACAAUGCCACGACACCUGUAUUGAUGGUUGUACCGGUCCUCUCAAUAUCGUCGGUUCCGGAGGUUGCAAUAAAUGUUACAAAGGAAUCGUGAAUCACACCGUCAUCGAAUGCAUCAAAAAGAACGACGAAUGUCCGUCCGGUUAUUACUUAGAACUCUCAGAUCCCCGUGAUACCCCCGAAAAGAAAACGCAAAUUGGAAAUUGUAGGAAGUGUCAUCCGAGGUGUAAGCAAUGUACUGGUUAUGGGUUUCAUAUUCCCGUUUGCCAACAGUGUAUGAACUAUAAAAAAGGUGAAACGUGCGAGGAUGAGUGCUUAAAAGAUCAUUAUCCCAAUGAAGAAACCCAUGAGUGUUUACCCUGUGAUGUGGAAUGUAAAGGAUGUACCGGACCUGGACCAACACAAUGUUUGGCAUGCCAAAAUUUAAAAGUUUACGAAAGUGCAGAACCAAGCAAUACCAGUACAUUCACCUGUAAGGCUUCUUGUCCAAAAGAAUUACCAUACCGAUUAUUUUCCGAAACUAACUCCGAUUCCUAUUGUUCUGACAAACCUAAAGUUAGUCCAUUAACCGCUAAUCCGGCACCUUCAGUUGUUGUGCUUUCUGCAACUGGUGGAAUAGCAAUAUUAAUUAUCAUCAUUGUAAUGUUCAUCGCUGUAUACAGAUGGAGACGCGUUAAAGAUAAAGAAAAUGCUUUAAAAAUGGUUCUUAACGGCUUAGAAGAUAACGAACCAUUACAUCCCUCCAGUGUUGGUCCAAAUCUUGCUAAAUUAAGGAUUAUUAAAGAGAUGGAAAUGAGAAAAGGAGGAAUUUUGGGUUACGGCGCCUUUGGUACUGUGUACAAAGGUGUUUGGGUUCCUGAAGGUGAAAAUAACAAAAUACCAGUUGCUAUUAAAGUUUUAAGAGAAGACGCUGGAAUUAAUACCAGUAAAGAAUUUUUAAGUGAAGCUUACAUAAUGGCCAGUGUUGAGCACCCAAAUUUAUUACAAUUAUUAGGUGUUUGCAUGACUAAUCAAAUGAUGUUGGUUACCCAAUUAAUGCCACUUGGAUGUCUCUUAGAUUUCGUGCGUAAAAAUCGUAACAGAAUUGGUUCAAAAACUUUACUAACUUGGUGUACUCAAAUCGCGCGAGGAAUGGCUUAUCUUGAAAAUAAACGUUUAGUACAUAGAGAUUUGGCAGCAAGAAACGUUUUGGUACAAACACCCGGUUGUGUAAAAAUUACCGAUUUUGGUUUAGCUAAACUCUUGGACAUCAACGAAGAAGAAUACAAAGCCGCCGGUGGAAAAAUGCCGAUUAAAUGGCUCGCCUUAGAAUGUAUUUUGCAUAGAAUUUUUACGCACAAAUCCGACGUUUGGGCUUUUGGAGUCACCAUUUGGGAAUUACUAACGUUUGGUGAAAGACCGUAUGAUAAUAUCGCUGCAAAAGAUGUUCCUGAACUCUUAGAAAACGGCGAGCGUCUUCCUCAACCGCAAAUGUGCAGCAUUGAGGUUUAUAUGUUGAUGGUGAAAUGUUGGGUUUUGGACGCUGAUAGUCGACCGAGUUUUGAAGAAUUAGCCGAUGACUUUGCGAAGAUGUCUAGGGAUCCUGGACGAUAUUUGGUUAUUCCUGGUGAUACACAUUUAAAAUUAAUUACUUCUUCCUCACAGAGUGAUACAGAUACAUUACGUCACCACACCGAUUUAUCCCAAAGUCAUUCAGGAGGUGAAGACCAACUUAGACCAAAAUCAAGAGCACCUCUUCCUUCCUUUAUUUCAAUGGGAUCAGAAAUGGGUAAUUCAAUAUCCCAUUACCCAACAUCAAUCACUUCCGAUGGUAGCUGCGCCCCACAAAACCAACACAAUUGGAAUCAAGAACGUUUGCGUAACGCCCAACGAUUAAAACCCAAAUCACUUCACAUUCUCAGCACUGACAGUUUGAGAUAUUGCAGUGAUUUUAACCCCUACAUCGGCGACGAAAUCGUCAGUUCCGAUGAAUACGAUUCCGGAAGAUCCCAAGCGCAAGUUGGAAAUUUAAAAUUGGAACUUCCAGUCGAUGAAGAUGAUUAUCUGAUGCCAUCACCCCAACAAACUCAAACUUCGACAUACGUAGAUCUAAUUGGUGAUUCGAAAAGUUGUGAUAGUUCUAAUUCAAAUCUUUACAAAGCGUACGCUGAAUUUGCAAAAACUAACAUCGAUAAUCCCGAGUAUUUGAUGAAUCCGGAAUCGAUUCCAACGCAAACUUUAGGUAUUCCAACAGUUUCUGGACGUUUAGAAGCGACGACUUCCGGUAUGGAAGGUGUCAGAACCUAUCAUCCUCAAAAAAGUAUAGAAGAGGAAUCCGAUCCUGAAUACUACAACGAUUUUGAUCGGUUACAAAGGGAAAAGCAGCCGUUGCAACAAAAGAAUGAAACAGCCGUGUGAAAGUUUGCGAAACAUUAUUUAUUUUACGUACUUAUAUUUAGAAAGACUCUGUAGACAUUAUUAUUACAUAAAUACCUGGUUUUUUUAGUAGUGUUAAACAAAAGGACCAAACGACAAAAAAAAAAUAUGAAACACACUACGACAAUACUAUAGUGCCAUUUUGCGAUUACGAAAAAUGGCUGAUGCUUACGUUAUGUCUAUAAAAAAAACUGCAAAUGAAUUAUAUCAAUGUAAAUAUUUUUUGUUUGUAAAACGUGUCUUGGGUAAGAAGGCUUUAUUAAGGAAGAACAAAGCGACUCGAAUCGAAUUCAAUUCCUAAUUAAUCAUCUCUUGCCCAAAUUGUCUGUGAUAUUUUUUACCUACUUGUUAAGAAUCUAUUUUGUAUAUAUACGAGAAAUUUAUCAAUUUGUAAGUUGUAAUUUGGAGUAUGUUAGCAUGUUUCUUUUUGUCUAAAAAUUGAAUUUUGCACAAACGUGCCAUUCUGAUGUAAAUAUAGUUUUAAAUAAAAGAUUUAUAUUA